AUAUACAAAAAUAUAUAUAUAUAUUAUAAUAUACGCAUGUAUUUUGUUGAGAGAUGUUGUCGAAAUCGUUUAACCAAAGCGCGCUGAACUAAAAGAAUUAAAAAUUAAUAAACCUGCACAAAUAAGGAAAUUGCUUUCCAAACGCUGAACAUUCAAACCGAACGGAAUGCCGCGUUUUUAGAGCAUAUUGCGCAUACGACACGUCGAGCGCCAGGAUAAGUAAACAUAUUGUUGCGAAAAAAAAUUGUUCGUGCAGCUAUUCGAGGGCCAUAAAUUGUUUGUGUUGUUGCAUAUACACUGCUUAGCUGUGUGUGUGUGUGUGUCUGCUCUGACUGUGUGUGACACAUUGUAAAUAAACGCAAAUAACGGCGACAUGGAUAUUGUCAUACGUGAGGAGGAGCUAUCGCUGACGCAGAUAGGCGUCUAUGCCUCUGUAUCCUUUCUGGUGGUUUCUGCGGUGGGCGCGGCCCUGUACACCACCUGCUCGAAACGCUAUCGUCUCAACUGGUUUGAGAAGAAUCUACUAGAAUCGGCCAGCGAGAAGGAUGAGGAGCAGCAGAGCCGCGAGGCGCUGGUUGCCGGCGCCGUGGGCUACAAUGUGGACAAUUUGCAUGAGGGCGUGCCGCGUGGCAAGCUGACCCACAAUACUGCGGGCAACCUGAGCCCCACUUCGCUCAAAUCGGAGGAUGCCGAUCCGGCCUUUUGGGUGCCCGCUUCGGUGACAUCCUCGACAGCUGCCGUCCAGCAGCAGGUCUCUAAUACCACCGAGGAAUCGGCACCGCCCACGCCCACUUCGCCCACUGGCAGCCUAAAAUCGAACACACUCUCCCUCUGCUCGACCACAUCGGUGCCCAUUGCCCGCUCCGAUAAGCAUGUGGUGCUGGCCAUGCAUCCCAGCCGCCCGCGUGUCUCCUCCAUGAACGCCAAACUGGAUCAUACCAAAAUCGACAUGACCCUGUACCGUAGCCACGCGCAGCCGAAGCCCGUAUGCCCCGCCGCGCCCAUCAGCGAGCUGCGUGGAAAUCUGCAUAUCUGCCUCAGCUAUGAUCCGGUUGGCGGCCUGCUCAAUGUGCGUCUCCUGGAGGCACAGAAUCUACAACCACGCCAAUUCAGCGGCACCGCCGAUCCCUAUGCCAAGAUACGCUUGCUGCCGGACAAGAAGAACUUUUGGCAAACGCGCAUACACAAGAAGACACUGAACCCAGUUUUCGAUGAACACUUUGUAUUUGAGGUCACCGCCGGGGUCAUCGACAAGCGCAGCGUGGAAAUUUUACUCUACGAUUUCGAUGCAUAUUCACGCCACGUUUGCAUUGGUGGCACCAAGCUGCAUUUGGCCAAUUUGGAUCUGAGCGAGCAGCUGAAACUCUGGACACCGCUCACCUCGGCCUCGGCACAGGACAUGAAGGUGGAUCUGGGCGAUAUAAUGGUCUCGCUAGCUUAUCUGCCCUCCGCGGAGCGUUUGAUGGUGGUGCUAAUAAAGGCACGCAAUCUACGCAUUGUGGACGAUGCACGCAACUCCUCGGAUCCGUAUGUGAAGGUGACUCUGUUGGGACCGGGCGGCAAGAAGCUAAAGAAGCGCAAGACGGGCGUGCAGCGCAAUACCGUUAAUCCGGUCUAUAACGAGGCAUUGGCUUUCGAUGUGGGCAAGGAGACGCUCAAGAAUUGUGUCCUAGAAUUCAACGUGGUGCACGAUGGCCUGCUCGGUUCCAGCGAAAUAUUGGGUCGUGCUUUAGUUGGCAACUCGCCUGAGGUGCAGCACGAUGAGAAGAUUUUCUUUGAGGAAAUGUUUCGGGCCAAGAACGCAACAGCUCAGUGGGUAUCGCUGCAGGAGCCGGCCAACAACUUGAGUGCCACAGCCAAGACAACAACCAAAAAUUAGAAUCCACAGAAGGCGCUGUGUUUUGCGUGUUAAGCUUUCUGUUAAGCUUAACAGACAACUGUUGCGCCUAGCAUUAACAGAGCAGACCCCAAACCCCCCCCCCCCCCCACGAUUCACCUCCAUAAACCAUUUUUAAAAAGGAGUUCAUGUGGCUAAGAAAUUUUCUGGGAAUUUGCAGGGAUACAUUUAAGAAGGAUGCUGAGCGCGUUUGCAACAUAUUCAAAACAAUACAAAUAUAUAAAUAAAUAUAUUUAUGUGUAUAUACAGUACGAUCUCGAUAAGGCGAACCAGGUAUUGUUCGCAUUCGCGAAAAAUAUAUGUGAAAUCUAGAAGGGGAUUUAUAUAUAUCCCAAAUAAUAUAAUUCUCAAAUAUUUAUGCCUUAUUAUUCACUGAAUCGUUAAUUUAAAACAUUAUUGAAUUGAUUUUGCUCAAUUUAAAAUUGAUUUUUAUUUUGAGAAAAAUUUGGUCUAUUCUAGUAAUUUGUAUAUCGAAAUUUAAAAAGUAAAAUAAUAUCGUUUGCCAGGCUGUUCGCAUUAACGAGUUUGUACUGUAUUGACAAACUUGAAAAACCGAAAAACUAAAUAACUAAAUGUGCUUUGCAUGAUAUCAAUUACAACUUUAACCAAAGAAAGAAAAAAAAAUAUAUAUAUAUAUAUUCAAACAUAUAUUGAAAAAUACUUAUAUGUGCUACGUGUAUGUCAAGAGGUACCUAAGAUGCAACUAUAUAAUUUGCAUGCUAUGUCAAAAGUAUAUAUAUAUAUAUAAAUAUAUAUAAUUGAAUAUAUGAGUUGAGGGCUAUGAAUGAUAAAAUCUAUUUAAGUAGAUCAUUUCAGCUUGAAUAAACAUAUAUAAAAUAUAUACUGCUACACUUAAUCGAAACGAAAUUGUAGAACAGCUUUUCAAAAAAUAUAUAUAUUUGGAAUAUCCUAAAACCUGUAAUAUGAAGGGUUUCAGUACACAAAGGGCACAAGAGUUGAAACAAAUACUAAAUGUAUUUUAAUUUUUGCUGUCAUAACACAGAACAUUGGGCAGAAAUCGAAAUAUACGUAUAUCUUAUAAAAAUAUCGUUAGUUUUUGAGACAACAAGUCAAUAGAUUAGUUAAAUAGAAUGCACUAUAUAAUCAACCAGCAUGUAAUAAUACUAUGGUAAAUAAAAUUCUCUAUUAUCAAA